CAUGAGCAACACUCAAACUUGACAACUCUCGGCCAUUUUCUUGUCUACUACCCGAAGAGAGUCUCUCAAUGGUACUUCGUCUUUUCUUCAUUUCGCCCUUGGGUUACACCUCUUGACCCGCCCUUGAUUGUAUCUGAUCCGCUCAACCUCAUCUUCAACACCCAUUAACACGCAAGGAUCGAGGGGACCAAUCAGUUCAAUCCUACUUACGAUAUCAAACAGUCUCUCAUAAAAGAGCACGGCCGCCAAGCAAAAAUCAAGCUCCCGUUCCCGUAAUCUCGGGCCCGAAGAUCGCAAACACGCCAUAAUUAUCCAUCCAACGCAUCGCAACGUCCGUUCCCUCUUCUGCAGAUCUGUCCUGUCACUGGCCACAAGCAGAUGGAUGGAUGCAUUUGCAGGUCCCUGACUCUGAUCCCUACCCACAAGCUACUCUACUGUAGGUAGGCAAGUAUCUUACUGUAGGGCUGAGAAUUCCGACAGUCCAGUACCUACAGCUGAAAGAGACUUGCAGCUCAGGGAACCCAUGAGAGUCUCUCAAAUCUAAACAAAAACGCCUCUUUCUGGGGCCUACCCCCGCUCUUCAUUCGCCGCCACGUCAACCCAAUAACGCGUGGCUGUUGCUGUGUCUUAUUGUCUCAGCACACACUCGCCCGGGCCCGACACCUCCUUCGCCGUCGCCUGUACCCCUUGCCCGGCCCCGUGCAGAUCCGGCAUAGGAUACCCACUCCGUCGGGGUCGAAUCAUCCGGCGAUUCGGUCCUCUGAUACAGUUACUGACUGGCCAUGCCCUACCCAAAUGGCAUUCCCGGUGUCCCCGGAUCGGCCCCGCAGCAGCAACAGCAGUCUCAAGUACAGCAACCUCAGGAUCCUUCCGCCAUCAAAUUAACUCGAGGGACCAGCUGUGUGCUUUGUCAACAGCGUAAGGUCCGCUGUGACAAGAACAAGCCGUGUGCCAACUGUGUAAAGGCCAAAGUUGAAUGUCGUGUUAUUCCACCCCAGCCUCCUCGCCGCCGGAAGAAGCGUCUCCAGGAGAAGGACUUGAUCGAUCGGCUAAAAAAGUACGAAACCCUUCUAGCGGAGCACGGUGUCAAAGUUGAUGCCAUCGGGCAUGAAUUAAGACCUGAUGGCCCCCCGGGUGAAGAUGUUGAAGAACUUGAGAACGAUUUUGAAGGUCUUAAGACAACCCCUGAAGCUAGUUCAUCCCCUGCACCAUCUAAUUCAGAGCAACGGACUGGCGGCGGGGCGUGGUUUUCUUAUCACAAGGAGGUAGGCUGAGUUCUCCUCUCGCUCACUACAAUCGUCUAAUAUUCAACGUAGUUUCGAGCCAGUGAACACAUGCUGCAAGACUCCUCUGAUGAUGAACCUGAAGUGGGCUCAAGUAUUCAUCGUGCCUUUGAUCGAAUGUUUGACACUGAUGGGUUUCCUUUCAUCAUUGGAGCUGCCCCAGUCCCUAUCGCGAAUCUUCAUCCUUCCACAAUACACAUCUUCCAGCUCUGGCAAAUAUAUAUCGACAACAUUAAUCCCCUGCUCAAGAUAACACAUGUUCCUACAGUUCAGGCACAGAUCAUAGAGGCGAGCUCUGAUCUCGAAAAUGCACCAAAGAACAUCGAGGCUCUCAUGUUCUCCAUGUACCUCAUGGCGAUCACAUCGCUUGAGGAUGCAGACGUCUACAAACGGUUCAACGAGACCAAAAAGGAGCUCCUGGCAAGAUACCAUACUGGCACACAGCAUGCCCUGACGAAAGCCGGGUUUAUGAGGGUCAACGAUCCUAUUCUCUUGCAGGCGUAUAUUCUUUACCUCUUUGCUGUUCGAUGGUUCGUUGACCCUCGUCAAGUAUUCUGCCUCAUUGGUUUAGCUGUCCGCAUUGCCCAGCGGAUGGGACUUCACCGGGAUCCAGCGCAGUUUGGGCUACCGCCAUUUGAGGUUGAGCAGCGUCGCCGACUGUGGUGGACCCUUGUGGGAUACGAUCGACGGCUAGGAGAGAUGGCAGGAUCAACAGUCACUGCUCUCUCGACCGGCGGCGACUGCAAGAUUCCCAUGAACGUCAACGACUCGGAUUUACAUGUUGACGGUAAAGAGUUACCCACACCACACUCUGGACCAACCGAGAUGCUCUUUUCUCUUACGAGAGUCGAGCUCGCCAUGGCGGUUUCAAGCGAUAGUAAUCGCGACAGCUACAAAAUGAACAACACAGAUAAGAGUCCUGCUGGGACACCUGCUUCCAAGAAUCAAGCUACCAUCCGCCUUGCUGGUCAAGACGGCCCUGCCUAUACGCUCGACGGUUUCUGUGCACACAUAGAAGGCACAUACCUGAGCCAAUGCGACCCUAAGAUCCCCCUGCACUUCUUUACCCUUACCAUGACUCGUCAAGCUAUGUGCAAGAUGCGAAUCAUUAGCUUCCUUGUUCGAAUGCAUAGCAAUGAUGACAAUCUACCUCUUAAAGACGUUGAGCGCGACAGCCUCUUCCUACAAGCCACGCAAAUGAUCGAAUACGACAAUGUCGUCCAGUCAUCCGAGUCCCUCCGGCCCUUCAAAUGGUACUCUAUGCACCACUUUCCCUUUCCCGCCUACAUGUUUCUUGUCCAGGAGCUACGCCACCGCGUCUCUGGCCCAAUGGUAGAGCGAGCAUGGGAUGCCAUCGAAAAGAAUCAUGACCUCCGUGGCCUUCUCAACAACUACCACAACCCUAUGCAUAUGGCAUUUGGUGGCCAUUUCAUCAAAGCCUGGGAUGCGCAUGAAGCUGCCUUGAUAGCUGCUGGCAGACAGGUUCACAGACCAGCUUUCUUGGGACCUUUGCGUGAGCGUGUAGCAGCUCGCCGGCGAGCAAAGCAAGCCAAUCGACCUGUUCCAAAUCCUCCCCAGCCUCCAAUCGGCGUCCCGCAUUCUCAGGUCACGACGCCCUCUUCCACUGGGUUUGCCCCCUCUGUUGGUCACAUGACGCCCGGAACUGUGCACCAUGGCCAACGGGCAAACUCGGGCUCCGUUGCCUCCAGCGACGAGCCUGGUGAGAUGGACUGGACUUAUAUGAUGUCUGGUUACAACGACACUUCAAGUUUCACCCCGAUGGGCGGGUUUGGCAGCUUCAGUGGUGGCUUUGGCGGGGGUAUGCCUGGUAUGCCACCUGGGAUGGGAGGUAUGGGGCGUCCUCCGACUGGUAAUCCUCCAGGUGGUCGCAUGUUUGGUGGGAAUUAGAACACUAUGAGCAGUGAUGUGAUACGAUAUACGAGCGCCAUUGUUCUUUUGUUUAUUUGUUUUGCUCCUUCAAAGUGGAAUGCUUUAUCUUGGAUGUUUGUUUGCAUGAUAGUAUUUGAACAUGAUACAGUAUAUCGGUAUCUAGUAUUCUAUUUUUCUUUUCUUCUUUCUUUUCCUUGGCAACUGCCUCACAUACAGCUCACAAUCCUAGCUCGAACUAGAGUAUACGAAUGGCCACAGAGGCACCGUAAUCACAAGCGCAGUUUGUUCAUGCUGGCAUCUGUAUCAGACUUAAGACGCUCUCACAUCAACUUCUACCCAAUCCUUGGAGAAUGCAGUGUCCUAUUCAAGAUAUAUAAGCUAAAUAACUUACUGGGCACGGCUGAGGACCACAGAUCGGAAGCGCACCCAGCCUAUUCAGACGUUGGCUUUUACUCAUA